CGUCAUAAAUUCACAAGUUUAGCAUUUCCCACAUCACCUAGAUCUUAGGAAAAUCAACAUAAAUAAACAAAAAAUUACACAAGUCAAACUAAAAUCUUGUGCACCUAUUAUUACCACUCUAACAUUUUUCUAUUAUAUAUACAAACGACCCCAUGUGUCUGUCGUAGUAUACUCAUACAAAAGGUUAAAAAUAUUUCAUCUUAUGGCUAUAUCAACCUCUAUUCACCACAUAUCUGAAAAAAGAGAAACACUAGGCCAAGAAACAAUGGUUGUAACCAAUGGUGGCUACAAUUACAACCAUAGUGAAUUUGACCCUAGUGCUCCUCCACCAUUUAAGAUAGCAGAUAUUAGAGCUGCUAUUCCAAAACAUUGUUGGGUGAAGAACACAUGGAGAUCUCUAAGUUAUGUUCUUAGAGAUGUGGUGGUUGUUACUGCAUUGAUUGUAGCUGCAAUUAGGUUUGAUAACUGGUAUUUUUGGCCAAUUUAUUGGCCUCUUCAAGGAACAAUGUUUUGGGCAAUUUUUGUUCUUGGACAUGAUUGUGGCCAUGGAAGCUUCUCAGAUAGUUCUUUGGUGAAUAACUUUGUGGGCCAUAUUUUGCAUUCCUCAAUUCUUGUUCCAUACCAUGGAUGGAGAAUUAGUCACAAAACACAUCAUCAAAACCAUGGAAAUGUUGAAAGGGAUGAGUCAUGGGUUCCAUUGACAGAAAAGGUUUACAACAGUCUAGACAACAUGACAAAAUUUGUGAGAUUCUCAGUGCCUUUACCAUUGUUUGCAUAUCCAAUUUAUUUGUGGAGUAGAAGUCCUGGAAAAUCAGGGUCACACUUUCAUCCCUAUAGCGACUUGUUCUCACCCAAUGAGAGAAAAGAAGUGACAGUUUCAACAGUUUGUUGGCUUCUCAUGUUUUCUUUGCUUCUUUAUUUGUCCUUCACAACUAGUCCACUUUUAAUUCUCAAGCUCUAUGGAGUUCCCUAUUGGAUUUUUGUCAUGUGGUUGGAUUUUGUCACAUACUUGCAUCACCAUGGUUAUACGCAAAAAUUACCAUGGUACCGUGGCCAGGAAUGGACCUAUCUAAGAGGUGGACUAACAACCGUUGAUCGUGACUAUGGUUGGAUUAAUAACAUUCAUCAUGACAUUGGCACUCAUGUUGUUCAUCAUCUCUUCCCUCAAAUUCCUCAUUAUCACUUGGUUGAAGCGACUAAAGCAGCAAAACCAAUUUUUGGAGACUAUUACCGUGAGCCAGAGAAAUCAUCACCACUUCCAUUUCAUCUAAUUAAAUAUUUACUACAAAGUAUGAAUGAAGAUCACUUUGUAAGUGACACUGGAGAUGUUGUCUUUUAUCAAACUGAUCCUCAGCUCCACAAGAAGCACAAUGAAUAAGUCACUUUUUUGGUUCUCAAAAUCAAUUCUAGCCUCUAAAAAUUAUCUAUGAAUAAGUUGCAGUACAAGUUGUAGUUGUGGUUCAUGUUAACUGGGUACAUGACUUUUUGUCUACUUUAUAAAAAGAAUGGGUGUCAUUGCCUAGUAAAUUCAGUUGCUACUUAGAGACAAAAAUAUUUGGAGUUUUAUUUUUAAUUUUUCUUUUUGGAGACAAUGUUAUGUAGUUACUCUUAAUGGAAUAAUAUAUUUGAAAUAAAUGAAAUAAAUUUUGAAUUGUCA